AGCGCUGCUCGCCGCACACGCACCCACAGGCGCUCCGCACCCUCAGCCCGACCCCGGUCCUCCAGAGCUGCGGAGCCCAGAGAGGAGAGGAGGAGAGAGGAGGAGAGAGGAGGAGAGGAGCUGCUGAGCGAGAGCGUUUCCUUCUGCAGCCAUCAUUUCCAUAAACACAAAUACUGACGGAGGAAACCCCCUCCCCCCCCCCCUUCAUCUCUGCAGACGGACGAUGGACGUCACGUACGUCUGAACGAGCCGUUGUCCACAAGAGGAACCUGAAGUGUCUCUGACAGCCCGAACACAACAACGACUUCACUGAUCGAUCGACUCUCUGAAGGGGCUGGUCAUCCCGGACGAUCAUCCGGCUCUGCUGUUGCUUUCUUCCGCUCUGCAGGAUUUUCAGGACAGGAUCAUGCAGACCAUAAAGUGCGUUGUCGUGGGCGACGGAGCCGUGGGGAAGACCUGCCUCCUCAUCUCCUACACCACUGGAGCCUUUCCUAAAGAGUACAUCCCUACCGUGUUUGACAACUACAGCAGCCAGGUGACGGUGGACGGCAGGCUCAUCAGUCUGAACCUGUGGGAUACGGCGGGUCAGGAGGAGUACGACCGGCUGAGGACACUGUCCUACCCCCAGACCAACGUCUUCAUCAUCUGCUUCUCCAUCUCGAGCCCUGCCUCCUACGAGAACGUCAAGCACAAGUGGCACCCGGAGGUGUCCCACCACUGUCCUGGUGUCCCCAUCCUCCUGGUCGGCACAAAGAGUGACCUGCGGAGUGACAGUGAGGUUCAGAGGAAGCUGAAGGAGCAGAACCAGGCGCCCAUCACCCACCAGCAGGGCUCCGCCCUCGCACGCCAGAUCCAGGCGGUCCGCUACCUUGAGUGUUCGGCCCUCAACCAGGACGGCAUAAAGGACGUGUUCGCUGAGGCCGUGAGGGCCUUCCUCAACCCGCAGCCCGCCACCACCAAGAGGCCCUGCGUCCUGCUGUGAGACCCGGAGACGCCAUCGGAGCCGCCGGGUUCGAGCUGGAGCUCCUCUGCCUCAGAGACUGCUCAGAAAGUUUAUGUUAAUGAUAUAUAUUUUUUAAAAAUUUGGGUUAUAUUUUUAUCUAUUAAUCUGAAAACGGUUAUUCAAACGUUGAAGUUCUGUUGCAACACUCAACAACAGCAGUUUGCACAUAUAUGUGACUUUCAGUGGUCGUGAUGCGCCUGGACCGGUCUGAGCAUGUGUGGGAAGUCACGGUUGGUCAUGUGGUCAUGUGCAAAAGAUAGCACCUUCUUUUUACCUCGUUUUUCAGUGUAAAACCAUCUGAUUGACCUGGGUCUUGGACAAAUACAACCUCAAAUGAACAAGAAUACCACAUUUUUACAGCGUCGUUAUUUAAGAAAUGAAAAAGAAAAUCAUGCGUGCUGAUGCUCUCUAGAGUACUCUGGUAUACAGCAGAGUUUAUGGUGUCCAGGUCUCUAGCCAUCGUCCUCCCACCGCUGAUCUUGACAGUCGAUACAAAGCGUUUCCGGUGAAACAAUUUGUUUCUGUUUCUAUGGAAAUUGCUGCAGUGUUCCUUCAACAUUCCUGUAAUGUCCCUGCAAUGUUCUGGCAACAUCCCAUGAAUUGCAGAAACCAUCCUGCAGUCCCUCACCAAAGUCCCAGACGUAUCGCCCUUGGCCUUUGUGUAAACCUGCUGGGACAUCCACCCCUGGACAGAUUGAGAAGUGUCUUGGAUGCUUUCCACUUGUGAAUAAUCUUUUUUUAACUGUAGAAUAGCAUUGAAAUUGAUUUGAAGACAUUUCCAGCUCUAAAAUGGUUUCUCUAGAAUCACUGAUGUUUUUCCCACCUAGCAUUGUGUUUGUUUGAGGUUGUAAUUGCUCGGUAUUCAUACCCACUAAGAUUAAAUGGUUUUUAUUGUAUUUACACUUAAAAACACAGGAAUAAAAGCUGAUACUAACUUUGGAA